AUGGGUUCUAUGCUUAGAAGCGAUCCGAUGUCCUUUUGCGAAAUUUUCCUUCAACCGGAAUGCGCUUUUGAGAUUCUGUCAAGAUUAGGGGAAACUGGGAAUGCGCAGUUUAUGGAUAUGACGCCGGACGUCAAGGCUUUUAACCGGAGCUACAUAAUGGAGCUUUGUCGCUGCGUUGAAAUGGAGAGGAAGCUCCUCUACAUGGAGGGGGAGAUGCUCAAGGACAAUAUUCAUAUACCUGAACUAGAAGCUGAGCCAAAGGCGCUGCCUCUCAGCGAAAUGAAAUCGCUCGAAAAUUUACUUGAGAAGUGGGAAAGCGAAGUGCAGGAUAUGUCCGACAAUCAAGUUAGCUUACUAAAGAACUAUUUGGAGUUGAGUGAAAUGGCCUAUGUUUUAAGCCACAUUGGACUUUUACUAGGGGACACAGAACUCACGUCCGAAUCAUUAUUUGGCAAAACUCCAGCUGGUGGUGAUACCGGAUCCGGCCUUCUUACGGUUAUGUGUGGUGCCGUCAAACGGAGUAGAUCUUUCCCAUUUGAGAAGAUGCUGUGGAGAGUCUCUAGGGGCAAUAUUUAUUACCGUCAAGCAUCUGACGAUGCUGUCCUGCAAGAUCCACAAAGUGGUCAAGAGAUACGUAAAGUUGCUUUCCUGGCGGUGUUUCAAGGGGAGGCGCUGAGUAAUCGAAUGGAAAAGGUGUGCAGCGGAUUCCGAGCUAACAUUUAUUCGUGCCCCGAGACGUUGGAUGAGAGAAUGGAUAUGCUGCAUAAGCUGGACGUUAGGAUUGGGGACUUGGAAAAGGUUUUAAAGAAGACGAAGUACCACCGCUGUAAAGCAUUACGCACAGUAGCGAGGCAGUGGAGCGUUUGGAUGGCGCAAAUAAAGAAGGCGAAAGCGAUCUAUCACACUAUGAACAUGUUCACUUUGGAUAUAACAAGAGGAUGCCUCAUCGGUCAAUGUUGGGUCCCAGAAAACGACUUGCCCGGUCUUUACACAAUAAUAACGUUUCCGUUCCUCUUCUCUGUCAUGUUUGGUGAUGUCUGCCAUGGCUUGAUCUUAGUGGCUUUCGGAGCGUGGAUGGUGAAAGUGGAGAAGCAGUAUAUGGGAAAACCAUCGAACAAUGAGAUUUGGAACAUAUUCUUUGGAGCUAAUCUAAAGAGAAGCGCCGGCUGUGCCCCGCUAAUCUUGAUAUUAUUUAUUGACAUGGCACUCGGAGCCACAUCGAAGCCGGUGGAAGAUGAUUGUGAUGCAUAUAUGUUUGAGGGUCAAGAGCUGGUUCAGCGUUUACUUGUCGUAUUCUCGCUGCUGUGUGUACCAAUACUGCUGUUCGGAACGCCCGUUUAUCUCAAUCGAUAUAAUAAAAAGAUGAAGCAGAUAGCACAAAACAAGAUUAGCCAAUUCCGUAGAUACCAGCGCAGAGAUUCAGACAAGCGGCUUGAGGAGAUGAUUUUAGCUGAAAUAGAGAAGUAUUCGACCACGUUUGGGGAACUAAUGAUACAACAAGCAGUCCAUACCAUUGAGUUUGUGCUUAGCACAAUUUCACAUACGGCGUCUUACCUUCGUCUGUGGGCUUUAUCACUUGCUCACGAACAGUUGUCCGAAAUGCUGUGGCAAAUGAUCUUGGCUAAAUUGGCACUUCGCGAUACAAGUCCAAUUGGAGCUAUAAAGAUAUUUUUCAUUUUCGCAAUUUGGGCUGUCUUCACGUUAUCCAUUUUGGUACUCAUGGAGGGAUUGUCGGCGUUCUUGCAUACACUUAGGUUGCACUGGGUGGAAUUCAUGAGUAAGUUUUACUCGGGAGGUGGGUACCCUUUCAAACCGUUUAAUUUCCGGUCUAUAUUAUACGGCGAUACGAAGGACGAUAAACCUGAGGGUAUUUGUAAGAAGAAAAUAAAAAGUGACUAUUAA